UUGAUCCAUACGUUCCAGGUUCCACCAUCGCUGCGUCCUGUCGCAUUGUAGUAAAUACCGCAGAGGCAGCUAAUCAUAUUGCUGUAAUACAAACCUAUAUAAAGAGUGAAGAAGACUUAAUCUAGUUUUAUUCCGUGAGACUAUUACAUCUGGAACUUAAAAAGCUAUACCAUGCGUGAAUGUAUCAGUAUACAUGUUGGACAAGCAGGAGUUCAGAUUGGAAAUGCUUGUUGGGAAUUGUAUUGCCUAGAGCAUGGAAUCCAACCUGAUGGCCAGAUGGCUUCAGAUUCCAAUUCUGAUGCCAUUGAUGAUUCAUUUAGCACUUUCUUCAGUGAUACCGGCAACCAGCAAUAUGUUCCUCGAGCUAUCUUUGUGGACCUGGAGCCAACUGUGAUUGAUGAAAUCCGCACUGGUGUUUACAGGCAUUUGUUUCAUCCAGAGCAAAUGAUAACUGGAAAAGAAGAUGCUGCCAAUAACUAUGCAAGAGGACAUUACACUAUUGGAAAGGAGAUCAUAGAUUUAGUUCUUGAUCGUGUUCGUUUGCUUGCAGAACGGUGCACUGGACUGCAGGGCUUUCUGAUUUUCCAUAGUUUUGGUGGAGGUACUGGGUCUGGUUUCACCUCUUUAUUGAUGGAAAGACUAUCUGUUGAUUAUGGGAAAAAGUCAAAAUUAGAAUUUGCCAUUUAUCCUGCACCACAGACAUCCACUGCUGUUGUUGAGCCUUAUAACUCUAUUCUAACUACACACACCACUUUAGAGCAUUCAGAUUGUGCUUUCAUGGUUGAUAAUGAAGCCAUUUUUGAUCUUUGCACCCGGAACUUAGAUAUUGAACGUCCAACUUAUACCAAUCUGAACAGAUUGGUUGGCCAAGUUGUCUCAUCCAUUACUGCUUCAUUGAGAUUUGAUGGUGCUCUCAAUGUAGAUUUGACAGAGUUUCAAACAAAUCUUGUGCCAUAUCCUCGAAUUCACUUUCCUCUUGUAUCUUAUGCUCCUGUAAUGUCAGCAGAAAAGGCAUAUCAUGAACAACUGACUGUUCAAGAAAUCACAAAUUCUUGUUUUGAACCAUCCAACCAAAUGGUUAAAUGUGACACUAGGCAUGGUAAAUACAUGGCUUGUUGUCUUCUGUACAGAGGAGAUGUUGUUCCAAAAGAUGUCAAUGCAGCCAUAGGAUCCAUCAAAACCAAACGCUCAAUCCAAUUUGUUGAUUGGUGUCCAACUGGUUUUAAGGUUGGCAUAAAUUAUCAACCUCCUACUGUAGUACCACGUGGUGAUUUAUCAAAAGUCCCACGUGCUGUGUGUAUGCUUUCAAAUACCACAGCUAUUGCUGAAGCCUGGUCAAGAUUGGAUUAUAAAUUCGACUUGAUGUAUGCCAAACGUGCUUUUGUCCAUUGGUAUGUGGGUGAAGGUAUGGAAGAAGGAGAAUUUUCAGAAGCCCGAGAAGAUCUUGCUGCCUUGGAAAAGGAUUAUGAAGAAGUUGGACUUGAUUCGACUGAAAAUUUUGAAGAUGAGGGUGAAGAAUAUUAAGAAUUUCUGGAAAACUUUUGGUUGUUAUGAUUUAAUUUUUUGAGGGCUAUUUUCACUCUACUCUUUCUUUUUAAAUAUUAAUCAAAUGCAUUUUCAUAACAAUUUAAGCAUGGGUCAUUUUUCCAGUAUGAAUUAAGCUAUUAGAAACCAAAAAGUUUUUAGAGGUCCUUUGCAAAACAAUACAUUGAGAGCAAGAAAUUAUUUAUGAUAAAAGUGUAAUUCAAUCUUCAAUUAAUUUAAAAUUAUUAUGAACUAUUGCUUUCUUAAUUCAUAUCAUAUGUAUUAUUUUUAAUAACUAUUCAUUUUUUUUUAUUUCAAUCUAUAUAUUUUUAUUUAAUUUUUUCACCUUACUAGUUCUUAAGAUGUCAUUGGAAAGGCAUUCUUGAAUAUUUUUUGUUCAUAUUACAACAGAUUUUUUAUAGAAAAAAUGACAUUUAUAAAAAUGUCAUUAGCAUUUUCUAGUCUUUAAUUUUACCUCAAUCAAUAAUUAUAUAGUUUUGUUUUAUCUUGACUUCAUAUUUUUAUUUUAGAGUUUUAAAUGUUGAGUUAUAUAUACAUUUAUUGAACUGAUUUCUUACUAACAAUGAAUUUAGAACUUCUAAUAUGCAUUUUUCUGUAUUUUUCUAUUUGGUAAAUAUAAAAUCUUUUUCAGUGCUAAUUGUUUAAUUUGUUAGAUUUUACAUCAUUUGACUUAAAUCAUCAAUAAUAAAUUACUCUUAUUAAUUUAAUAGUUUCUUUUGCUAUAAAAUAAAUGGUAAAUCGUUUUAUUUAUGAAAUGAUUUUAAAAUGUAAGCAUUUACUAAAUAUUCAAAUAUAUGCAAGUGAAGCAAUAAAUCUUUUAAGAACUGUAACAUGUUUUGAAAUCUAUCAUUUAAUUGUAGACAAUUUUUAGCUAUGUAUAUAAUUUGAUAUCAAAGAACAUUGGUUAUAUAGGAUCACAUUAAAAUUUUUGAAGUAAUUUGGUUUUAAAAAGUCAUUUUGGGAUGUAUUAUAUUUUUAAUGCAUUUAGAAAUGUGAAAAGUUAAAAAUAAAAGUAUCUGAGUAAUAAAAUUCUCAAAAUUAUUCUUUUAAAAUAGAAAUAUGUUAUACAGCAUUGUUUUUAAAUUGGACUUUUAUAUUCUAUUAUUAUGAUUGUAUGUUUUGUAACAAACAAAUAUAGUAUAUUACUGAAUUUAAUUAUUCAAAAUUUUGUUUUGCCUUUAUAGAAUUUUAUAAUCCAGAUUUCUUUUUGAAACAUUCAAUCAUUAAUGUCUUGCUUCAUUAGUUUUCUUAAAAAAUUAUCUUUGUUCUUAUUUGAUAGAUAUUAUCUUCAUAUAAUCGGAAUAGAUAUAUAGCUAGUUCCAUAAUUUUUGAAACAUUUGCAUUUUCUUGUAUUAUAAAUAAUAACUUAUGCAGUAAAAGAAUUUUAUAUGAAAAAUUUAUCUUUAAUAAAAACAUAUGCUUCAUAUUGAUAAUUUAAUGUCCUUUAUGAUUAAGCUUUCUGAAGCAUGUGUUUUAUGAAACCCUUCAUUCUUUUCAUAGUAUUCCUUUUGGAGUUAUUACAAUUUAGAAAUCGGUGGAAAAUGUAUCAAAAUAUGUAUAACCAUGUUAGAAGUUUAUUUUCCAAGCUAAGUGAUUCGUUGAAUGCCUAUUGUUUCAUCUAUUCUCUAAAUUGUAAUCAUUAAUUUAAAAAAAAAAGAUUAUUUAGAUUUUUUGAAAUGACGUGUUAUAAUGUAUUUUUUUAUUCAAAUGGCAACAUUAAUUUGUUUGUAAAUGAAUCCAGAUGUAAAAUGGCAGCUUCCAAUUCUUUAUAAAGAUUUUUGAUUUAUUGCUGAAUAUUUAUAUGCUCUAAUGUUCAUGUAAUCUUACUGGAAACUAAUAAAAUAUAAAUCUGCAAUAACUUCACUAAAAAAAAAAAAAAAAUCUGUGAAAAGAUUCUUUGACUCAUUAAAAUACUUGAAUUGUU